AACUAUAUGUUUUUGUGCAGUUGAAUAUUUGCUCAUAUGCAGUAAUAAAAUACAAACAUGAAUAUUGAAUAUUUCAAUGAAGGCCUCGAAUGCCUCAUGUUUUGCGGUCAAAAACUUACUCCCGAGCAGAAGGUUCUAAUUGAAAACUCGCUUAUUGUUCUGCAAAAAGAAAAUCGAUUUUCUGGCAUGCACUUCUGGGGCCGCAUUAAUGCCAUAACUAGAGACUACUUCAUCGCAUUCGGCCAUACCCAGGAUUGCCUAAAAGACCGUAAAUAUUUCUAUACGGUUGAUGGAUAUCAAUGGAUGCUGUUGCCAUUUGUACAUAGCCCAAAAAUCUUCCAAGCGACUAUUUUAUGUCGCGAGCCUUUUAUUGGGGAUCCAAUUCUUAUCACAACGGUGGAACUGGAUCCAACUUUCGAAAUCGAUCCAAAUCAGGUGAUCUCUGCGAAUUUCUCGGGAAAAGUUAGAUUAAAAGAAGAAGAACGUCUCGCAGCCAUAGUAUUCAUCAUUACCGAGGAAAGUGCAGUCUGCCCACGCGGCGCACUUUAUAAGCUCACUGAUGGACGUGUUGUACCGAACCAGAUGUUUCGCGGCCUUAACGACCUACAAGCCAAAAACAUUUCCAACUACCAAAUACUUCGCCUUCCUCGCUGUGAAUUAAAGCACAAUUUGCUAAAACGCAGUGAUUAUAACUACGCCAUCGACUUUCUGGACUGUAUAGCCGAUGUGAUUCCGUUACGUCAGGCUUUCUCCUUGAACUUAAUGCGGAACGAACGUUUAGUAAUUAUAAAAUCUUGCCUAUGGCCAGGUAUGACAUUUUUUCAUAAAUUAAGCUCGCGCAAACAUGGUUUUCUUUAUUUUGGCGACGGCAAGAAAAACUACGACCUACUUUUUAUGUACUAGGCAAUUGCCUAAAUAUGAAUUAGACUAUAUAAAAUACCCAAAAAUUAACUGUAUGCACAACAAUUUAAAAGCAUGUGAAAUUUAUUUUAGUUGCUUGCUUUUAUUAUGCAGCGGAGCAAAUUUAUGUUAAGUCUUGCAUUGCAUUUUCA